CGAUCAAGAUCGUGAUAAUAAUGUAAAAGAAAACUUCCACUAUUUCGUAAAUUGUGCGGAUUUUAUAGCAAUCAUAUUAGCGCUGACGAUUUCAUAGAUAUAAAAUUCUCAACUAUUAGAUGUAUUUUACCAAUUUCUUGCAUUUUCUUGUCUUUCGCAGAAAUAUUUCACUCAGAGAUUAGCUCGACUUUCUUCACAAAUAAAAGUUCUAACGUUAGUCGGACUAAGCAAAACUAAAGAAAAGAUUGAAGAGAAGUAGAAAAUGGGGGUCGCCUUAGUAAGAAACUAACCAACAGUUCCAUUUUAUUUAAAAUAAUUUUCAUAGAAAUUAAAGAUUAAUAGUAAAAAGUAAAAACAGCGUUUUGACAAAAGUCUGAAAAAGAUACCAAGACGUGAAGUGAAUGUUUAUCGUCGGCUCUACACUUUUUAACGAACUUGUUUAUAGUUCUUCGCUUUUGAUCGUUAUACUUUUGAAGAACUGCAGCAAUCAAAUUAUUGACCACGAUGUUUAUUCCACGAUGUUUUACCCGGCUUUUUCUUCGGGAACAUCAUGCAAAAAGGUGAUGAUUCGAAAUUACUGUAUGUUCACACUAAGUUUGAGGGUUAUCUGUUAUUUGGCGAUUUAGUGGCAGAACGAAAUUCUUCAUUUUUCGGUCAUGCUUUCCACUAAAAUACCUUUCUCAGCAAGUUUGGUUACAUCAUGUUCUCGAAGAAAAGUCCGAGUAAAACAUGAUGUAACCAGGCUUUAAAAAAUGAAUUUUAAACCAUUGGAAAACGCGGGAGAUACGAUGCGUAACUUUCUUGUAAUACGCGCUUGGAUUCUCUGAGAUAUGCACGUAUCUCGAAUUAGUCGUCCCAUAAAGAAAAUGAGCUAAUUACUAUGAUUAUCUUUCAUGCUCGGCGCCUUUUCUAUGAUCUCAGAGUAUAUACGAUCACCAGAGUAUAUAGCCCGGAUUAUAUCGGUAAAAGGCAAUCGAAUAAAAAAGCCCGUCUCAGAAGUUGUUAAGACUCAUAUGCUUUACAGAUUAUGUUUGGUCCAAAAGCGGAGGAUUUGGUUUUGCUCUACCCUCGUUAGAUGUUACUCACGAUAAAUUCGUUGUGAAUUCAGCUCUGGAAUUAAUUUUAAAUCAUUUGAAAACUCUACUUCCAAAUUUGAAAGAAAUUAACUUUCCCAGUGAUGGAGCAGCGUCUCAGUUCAAACAGCGUUAUCAUUUUCGAAAUUUAGUUCAGCUUGCUUCAGAAUAUAAAAUUAGUAUGAAUUGGUGUUUUUUUGCCACUAGUCGUGGGAAAGGCACGGUUGAUGCGAUUGGAGGAGUUGUGAAACGAGUAGUUUGGUCUGCUGUGCUUGGAGGUGAAGUUUGUCGUUCUGCUGCCGAUUUCGUUCGCAUUGCAAAGAAAAAAAGUAAUUCGCUAAUUCUCAUGGAAAUCACAAAAAAUCACAUUGAUAACUCAAAACUCAAACUUGAAAAUAUCUUUAAAGCUACGAAACAUGUUCCUGAAACUCUCAAAUCUCAUUCAGUAAAAGUGAUUGACAGAAACUCCAUUGAACCACGUUAUUACUCUUUAAGUUCCGGAAAAAAAAGCUAUUAA